AAAUAGACGAACACUGCGUGCAACUUUAUAGCAAAAAUAACGUUUGAAACGAACACAGAACUUUAAAUUAAAUUCGAUGCGACGGUCCGAACUAAAUUUCACGAUGCCGAUUUAUUUGCAAAAAAGUUAUAGAAAUGCUCAAAAAGCCUAACCGUUAAACACAAUUUUCACUGAGCCCCACGUUGGGCGCCAUUGUAGUGUUUUCACGGUUAGCUCUUUGUGGGGUUCGUCAACAACUACUACAGCAAUUACUAGCAACGACAAGAUACUAAACUACUCACAUGGGCAUCAACUGGAAUGCUCGUCAGGAUGGCACCAAUCGUCCUCGUCGUCUUCGAGGGAACUCGUCGGCUCGGCUCGUCUCGUCGGCUCGUCGGUUGCACGGCACAGCAUGGAACUUAUACCUUCUGGGAAUGGCCCUACAGAGAAAUAUGUGUUCAAUUACUCAGCUAGGGAAAACACGUCCACUCGCAUCAAUCACCCGUGCACAAGAGACCGUACAAACUCGUGCUACCCAGCAUGCACUAUACCGAUUUGUCGCUGGUUCCCAAUCACGAGUUUACGAGAGAAGAUUAGCAGCUGAAAUCCUUCUGAACGUGAAUACUGUUGCGACUGCUUCAACAAGUACAACAACAAGUGGUACUAGUACAGAGUCUUCACAAGCCAGCCCAACCUCAUACUCGGGUUCUGAGGAGAGUGACCAAAUUUAUUCAACACAAAGUAGCAAUACCGGUCAAUCAUCCUCGCAAAUGAGAAAUGAUAAUCAGAUGAAUCUACCUGAUUGUUCCGUCACAGCUCCAGAGGAAGUUGCAAGUACUGCGUCGCCUGUACGGCCAAAAAGAAAGCUUUUCAGAGAAAUGGAGUCUCAGGUUACACUGAAGAAACCUAAGGGAAUGCGAAAUAUGGCUCUUCAGAAAACUCCUCCAACUUCAGGACAAACACAAAUGACUCCAAAAGGUAGACGGACAACAUUUUCCAACACAGAUCUCACACUGUCGAAAUAUGUACAGACACCAAUACCGUCUCAAAAUUUUGUGGUUAAAAAAUCAACUUUCACACAGACAGUUAUUGAAACUGAAGAUAAAAGUGUUCAGGCAUGUUUAGAGAAAAUUGAAUUAUUGGAAUCAAGUGAUAAAGAAUUGAAAAAAAUCACGGGAAUUGAAAAUUAUAAACUUUUUGAAAUUCUUCACAAAUACAUAAUUUCAAAAAAUGUUCAGACAGCUUAUGCACUAUUCAAACUCAUAGUGAUAAUCCUUCAAAACUGUUUUCUCAUAUAUCUACUGAAAAUCAGUUAUUGCUUGUUCUGUACAAACUGAAAAGAAACCCUGUAGAUUCUGUUUUGUCUUCUAAGUUUCACAUUUCAACUGGGCGUAUCUCAGAGAUUUUUAAAUUUUGGAUAAAGAGAAUGUACAAGAAGUUCAAAAUAAUAAAGAUUUGACCGUCUCAUGAAAAUGUACACAAACACAUGCCAACUGCUACAAAGCAACACUUUCCAGAUUUAGUUUCAAUAUCUGACUGUGUUGAGUUUAGUACUCAAGUUCCAAGAGCACCGUUGCCAGGAAAGCAACUCUUUCGUAAUUAUAAGAACUGUCACACUGUUAAGGUUAUGUACAGCACAGCCCCAAAUGGUGCACUUAUUCACUGGUCAGAUGCCUAUGGAGGCAAUAGUUCGGAUAAAGAAAUAUUUGCUCAAAGUGAUUUGUCUACUAGGUUGAAGCCACAUGACGGACUCAUGGUUGAUGAAGGCUUUCUGUUAAAAGAUUGCAUUCAAGGUAACGACAUCAAAUUAUAUAGUCCUCAAUUUCUUACAAAACAGAUGAAACAAUUUGACACUACUGAUCGUGAAUCUGGAAGGCUUAUUGCUAGAUCAAGAAUUGUUGUAGAAAAUUUCAAUGCUCGUUUGAGCUAUUUUACAUUUCUUAAGCAAAAGAAAAUUCCAGUAUUGUAUUUGUCAAUUAUGAAUGAAAUAAGUUUUGUGUGUGGAUUUUUAGCCAACCUUGAUCCUCUGGUCAGAAACACACAAAGUACAGAGACAGUAGACGAGCAAAUUGAGGAUGAGGACAUGUUGUUAGAGAAAAACCUCAAAGAAGUACAACUAUGAUUUAUGUUUAAGGCCAUGUCUGUACUUUUAUUAGGUAUUCCAGAUAAGCCUGACCAGUUUGUUAUAAGUGAUAACAUAGACACUGUGUGAUAUAGACUUGUAGAAAUUGUUGAUUCAAGCUUGUGAUUUGAAGGUAAAAUAAAAAUAC